AUGUUUUUGGGGGUGUUAUAUUAUCUCCUUCCUCUAUUGCAGGUUUUGUCUGAUUAUGAAACACAAGGAAGCUUGAUCAUCAAUUCAUCACAGGCUUAUUACCACUUCUGCGAGUUCCAAGUUCUCCCUAAAGCAGUGUACCCAUUCAAUAACAUUACCGUCGCCAACGAUGUCUCGCCUUACAAGGGCGUUGGCUUUGCAGCAGGAACAGAAUUCUCACCGGGAAUUCACGGCGAGGAACAAGGCUCCAUUGAAGUCCAAGGCCGCGCAGACUCUUACAUCGAAUUACGGAAAGACGUCGGGAACCUGAAUAUUAAGAGGUCUAUCACCAUCUUGUUGUAUGUGUAUCCCCUCGGUAGGGCAGGUCCUAUUGUUAACUACAAAAAAGAUGGACAUGGAGUUCAGAUUUACGAGGAUAGAUUUUCAGACAGGGCAUUGGCAACGCGUGUCAAUCGUCGCAAUCUUCGGCGAACAGCAGUUAUUAAGAAGACUGGAAUACUGACCCGAAAUGAAUGGCAUUAUGUCGGAAUGACCUAUGAUUACAGUAGCGGGUUGGUUAGCCUGUGGCACAACGACCAGGAAGUCUCAUCAGGAAACAUAGGAAGAACAGAGAUCGCUACACAGUUUGAUGUACGCAUCGGAGCUCGCCAGACAUCAACGGACGACUUUUUUAAAGGCAGGGUGGCAUGUCUGCAGUUUUACUCAACAGUGUUGACGCAGAGACAAAUCGAAAAGGCACGUAUAGCGUGCAAACCCUUUGAACCCGUCAGCAGGAUUAAUAUGGUUAUACACCACAAAAGCAGGUACAUUGAAGUCAACGAAAACAUUUCAGUGGCAGUGCACAACGACAAGAACUCAAAGUUUAGCGAGUACGUAUACGAUCUAGGUGACGGAAGCCCGACGGUCACCUCCGAUCGAGAAGCAAUUCACCACCGUUAUUCAACGUAUGGAGAUUUUUCCGUGAAGGCCAUCAUAUUUAGCCGUUGCCGUAAUGAAACUUUAGUCGUCAGAGCAACUGUGACUGUUGAAAGACCUUUGGAGCUCCUGGGAAACCUGAACCUGUCUUAUGACCCUGUAUCAUUCCCCUCCGUGUUCAUUGCAGUUCUGAGUUUAAAUCGAGGCACUGAUUUCAAAUGUAAUUGGAACUUCAGUGAUGGUCACCUGGCUGAGACAGACUUUGCGCAUCAUGGGUUGAUGCACAAGAUGAAUUACCAGUUUAACUCAGCAGGAACGUAUACACUUAACGUCAGUUGUGUCAACAGGCUUAGCACAGCAAAUGUUUCUUCGCUAGUAUUUGUGCAAGUUCCCAUCACAGGUCUCGUUAUUGACAAAAUUACUCCUAAAACCUACCUCAGCGAGUUCCUUGUCACGUGGCGAGUACAAACUGGCAGCGAUAUCCACUACACAGCUAGAUUUGAAAAUAAGGAGCUUAAGAUAUUCAAAGGUCAGAAUGAUUCACGCGGAUGGGCUUGGAUACGACGUCAAGAUCACGUGAGUGUAGGUCUCUUUGACGUCACUGUAACAGCGACCAACAAAGUAAGCGCAGUUUUACAGGCUUCAGAAACGAUUCGCAUUGAAACAGAAGUACAACCCUUUGUGCCAGUUAUAUACCAUUCAGAUCGAGACAUCGAAAUUAACGAGACUGUUGUCCUAUCCAUGACAAAAACUAACGAGGAAAAUGCGGCCAAUCCUUACUAUCUUAUCGACUUAGGAGAUGGAAGAAAUCCAUUGAACACAAGAGGGAUAAUGACAAACAUCAGCUAUCCAGUCUACGGGGACUUCUUGGUGACAAUUAAUGCCUCUAACAACGUAUCUUUCUUCAUUGCGAAUAUUUUGAUCAAGAUUCACAAACCAGUGCUGUUGGUAGAAGAUUUGUCCUUGACCACUCAACCGACAAUCUUCUUACAAACUACAGUGAUAAGUGCGCACAUUCCAAGAGCCUCCGAUGUUAUCUGUAGCGCUUCAUUUAAUGAAAUUCCUAAUUACAGCAAGGAGUUCGACCUCCGCGCGCAGUCCGCCUGGGAUCCUGUCAAGGAUCCAAUGAACAUGAACGUGCCUGAUGUCCAGUUUUUUAUAAAGCGCAAUUAUACAAAAGUAGGAGUUUAUAAAGUGACUGUCACUUGUAGAAACCGUCUUAGUGAAAAGACUGCAACAAUUGCUGUUACUGUCCAGAGACCAAUCAUUGGUGCUCGACUCAUUCCCAUUAAACCUAUUAUAUUUGGAAAACCGAUCAAUAUUAGCUUCGGUUUUACCUCGGGGACCAACGCCUCUUUCGCAAUAGACUUCAACGAGCAUAGAUUCCGUCGGAACAUGACAGGUCUCUCAGCAUUUCAUAUCUUAGAUGAAGAUGUUUACAAAUUCCCAGGGAUACACGAGUACACUGUGGCCGUGUGGAACCUGGUGACGUCUCCGAUUUGGAUUCAAGGGCACGUCAUUGUCGAGAUUCCCAUACAUAGUCUGACAGUGUACAUCAUGGGAAAUCCACGUGAUAUAGAAGUGAACGAGAGCGUGUCCAUAGUUACGAGUCUCAAAAAUGGUAGUAAUCCAGAAUUUGCGUUUGACUUCAAUGAUGGAGGCGAGCUGAUGGUCACUCAAAGACAUCUUGUUGAUUACAAGUUUAAUCCUCAUUCUCAUUAUGUGGUUAAUGUCACUGCGCGAAACAAUGUAAGCGAAGAAUUUGCGCUGCUAAAGGUAAAGGUUGUCAAGCCGGUACUCGUUCUCCGAGGUCUCUCACUCCGUACUGCGCCAACUGCUGUGAAUGACUCAACUAAAAUCGUCCUUUAUUUGCGGGAGGGCUCAGAUUUUUUCUGUACAUGGCAGUUUGGAGAUGGAUCAAGUCUGAAUUCUAGUUACCACUAUCUUAGCUUUUAUGCCGAUGGGAAGACAGCGGAAAGAGAAGCCUUUCAAAACCUUAAAUUUUACGUUGAACAUAGAUUCUCAUCUGCAGGUAUCUUUGUUGUCACAACCCGUUGUCAAAAUCGCUUGAGUUCCGAAGUCGCUUCGGCGGAGGUCGUGAUUCAAACCCUCGUCGAGGGCUUGAAUAUUCCAGUAAUUCCCGCCCAAAGUAUUGGUCGAGAAUUUCGAGUUUUCUGGAGCAUAUCAUCAGGAACAAAUGCUACGUUUCAAAUCGGUUUUAAGGGAGGAGAGAUCACUUCUAUUCACACUUCAGAAUUAGAAGGUCACGCUCGUGUGGUGGUCAAUAUUCCUGGUGAAUAUUUCAUUCAGGUAACAGCCCAUAACUUAGUAAGCCCAAUACAAAACAGAUCAGCGGUCAUCUUAGCAGAACUUGCUGUCACAAAUAUCACCGUCAACGUUACAUUUGCAUCUCGUGAGUUAGAAAUUGAACAAAACGCGACCUUCACCGUUCAGUUAGGUGCUGGAACAAGCCCAAUGUUUUUGUUCGACUUUGGAGACGGCAAUAAAGUGAAGAAUACUUUGGGAAAGAUCUCACACGCCUACGCCUACAAAGAUAUUUAUCUGACACAACCGAACUUCACCUACCAAGUUUAUGUGUCAGCCUAUAAUAACGUGUCCUCAGUCUCUACCAUAAUAAAUGUCACCGUGCAUAGACCAGUUCUUCAACUACAUAACAUGAAGCUGUCGACGUUGCCUUCAAACGUGUCUGAAAACGCGAGAAUCGUGCUUUCAAUCGAUCAAGGCUCGGAUUAUUUCUGUGAUUGUGAUUUCGGAGAUGGAAGAGCGCUACACCGGCUAAACAUCCCAAACAAAGUGUAUCUGGGCUCAGUCCGAACACCAGUUAAGAACUUUAACAAUCACAGUUAUCGAAUAAGUCAUGUCUACCAAAAAUCUGGAAAAUACCAUUUGCUUGUGGAAUGUAAAAACCGGCUUAGUCAUGGAAGGGAUGCCCAGGAAAUUACUAUACAAGAGCCGAUAAAAGAUCUCAAAAUUUCUAACUUGCACCCUCGACAGUUUAACGAAACUUUUGUUAUUUCAUGGCAAACAACCAAUGGCACCGAUGUAAACUUUCGGAUUCUUUUUGGCAAUGUAAUUUCUAAGGAGUUGGGUGGGAAUCGAAACGUCACCAUUAAACCUGCAGAAUAUAAAGCUGCGGGUGUAUUUCAAGUAGUGGUUGAAGCAUGGAACUUCGUCUCCAGGGCUGUUGCUAAAACAGCCCUGAUAAUCCAACAUCCGGUACAUAUUGAAGAUGCAUAUGCUAGGUUACCCCAACAAGGCGGUUCACAUGGUGGGCAAGGUUUUCAUAGCAACAACUUUCCAGCUUGCCGCAACAUCACAUUCCAAGUUUUCGCGCUAGGAACUGACUUAUCGUAUCAAUGGCAGAUCGAUAAUGAAAAAGGGAAAUUCGGACCAAAGAUGCGCAUUCAGCACAGUUUUCGCCGUGUAGGAAUUCACACUGUGAUGGUUCUGGUAAGGAACUUGGUGAGUGAGGCGCAUGCGAACAUCAGUGUAAUGAUUCACUACGCCAUAGAGGAUCCUAUCUUGCAAAUCAACAGCCCUCAGAAAAUUAAUCAACCAAUUUUAUUUUACAUAAGCGCUAAGCAGCUCGGCACAAAUUCUUGCUUCUUUGUCGAUUUCGGAGACGGGACACGUUCCUUGUUUGGACAUCCCGGAUGCAAAGCAAGAAACUCAACGUCCAGCUUUAUUGUCAAAUCAGCCGUUGAAAGCGUUAAGUUUGAUCAUAUCUACAAUCAGGUGGGACAAUAUGUUGUUGCCUUAAACGCUUCAAACGAGGUAUCCUUUGUUCGUGUUUUUAAAGAUGUCGAAGUUGUCUUUGCAUCUUGUGCAAGUCCUUAUGUCAAGAUUGAAAAUCUUGGUGAAACUUCAAAUACCGCCCCAACAUCACUCAGAUCGGAUCCCUUCGUUGUCCGUACUCUGAUUCACCUUGACUGCGAGAGAUCCAACAAAGUAAAAUUUAGCUGGAGGCUACUGUUGCUUGACGAAAACGGAGUUCAAAGCAAACACAAAGGAAAUAUUAUUAUGAAUGAAAGAGAACUAAACAUUCCCAGGAAAACGUUGCAAUACGGAGUGUAUGAAGUUCAGUUCACAGCGCAAAUGGCAAUACCUGAAACAGACAAAUUUCGCGGCACAACUAUUGGUUACUUAAAAAUUGUUCCAUCGCCCCUCAUAGCAAAGAUUGACGGCGGUAAUUUGAUUAGUCGAGGAUUUGGGAAAAAGGUAAAGAUCGAUGCAUCACCAUCGAAAGACCCGGAUGUUGAAAAUGUACAAGACUCAGGCUUGAGUUACACGUGGCUAUGCAGGAGCAUUUACACGCAGUUCCCACAAAAUCUUUAUUCAAAUUUAAAUCUGCGCACCCCAUACGACACCACCGGUCAAACGUCAACACCUGGGAAAAUGUACUCAAAGGGUUGCUAUGGAGAUGGAGAGUUUGUUUUGGCUGGCAGGGAUAGUUGGCUGACUCUCGACACGUCGCAAAUGAUGGAAGAUGAAACAUACGUGGUGUUUGUGGUCAUAAGGAAAGGAGGAAGGAUAGCCCAUCAGUACCAAGUGGUGGAAGUCAUCCAAGGAGAUCCUCCUGUGUCAAAAAUAGAGUGUAAGCAGAACUGUGGAGAGAAAAUCUGUCCAUCCAAACGAUUUUCCCUGGUUGGCACCUGUUUUGAGGGUUGUAUUGGACGCCUGAUCUACGAAUGGCGAGUCUACAAAAACGUUGGCAACGACUCCAUCAAGUCCUGGGAACUGCAACAAAAUAUCGCGCAAAGCUUGGCCGAGGUGAAGGAUACCACAGGUCCCAUUUUCACGCUGCCUAAAGACAUGCUCCAUGGGGGCAGCGAGUACCUCAUUCGCCUUUACGGUCGCCGUGCGAGGGGAGUCAACGGCAAGACAGAGAGUGUGUACGUAACGAAUGAAGUUCCUCAGGGAGGGGCCUGUUUUGGUUGGCCUCCGAGCGGUGAUGCACUGAUAACGAAUUUCCAUAUUUGGUGCGAAGGCUGGAAAGAUCCCGACAUGCCCCUGAGUUAUCAAUUUUAUUACAAAAAUGAGGAAGGAAAACUAGUUCUGUUUUACUUUGGUCAUAAUAAUUUUACAUAUUCUGAACUACCUCUUGGAAAUCCCACGCAGAAUUACACGCUCGAAAUAAUCGCCAAAGUGUUAGACUUCUACAAAGGAGAGGCCAAAUAUUCUCUUUUUUUGCAGUCUGUAGAACCCAAGAUAGAAGGAGACCAACUUGAUAAUAUGCUUGCUAACAUGACAUCAGGUGAAAACAGUCAGUUAAGCAACCUGGUGAACGUAGGUGAUAGCCAAGCCGCUCUAAGGAUGGUUGGAGCCAUCAAUUCACUUCUGAACGCGCAGAGCACAAAAACACCAUCCGGUAAUGACAGCGAAAGAGAGGGUGCCAGGAAAGAAAAGAGAAAAGAGGUUCGGACAUCAGUAAUCAAAGCGGCGGCGUCCCUUCCUGUGACGUCAUUAGAGAGCCUGCAACAGUCCGCUGACACGAUAGCUAGUGCUUCCAUGUUCACCGAUGAAACAUCAACAACAGCUAUGAAUGCUUCAACAGAAGCUUUUGAGAGAAUGUCAGCCCUGUUAAAGAGUAGUUCCGAUGACUUUGCUGGUUACGACGCAGUAGUUAGCAGUGCCGAGUCCCUCUUGUCUGGAAUGGGACAAGUUCUUAAUGCCGCCGGGAGUUCCGUAGCUAUUAAGCCCAAAAAGAUGAAUGCUACGAAAGCCCCUCCAACAUGUGGGCCAUACGAUUUUGACUGUAGCGAAGUAGAUGAUGAAUUCUCUAGAAAUUCUACGGAUGAAGAAGAUGUAGAACUUGACGAAGAAUCUGCCAAGAGCCGCGAUGCAGCUAACGCUAUCGUGGGAAUGCUUGGAACAGUUAGCGGCUCUGUCCUGGAGAACAAACUCCCAGGUGAACAACCAAGUGUUAUUUCAACUGCUAAGCUCAACAUGGCGGUAGAAAGGGCUGACCCAGACUCCCCAAACGGAUCUUCAAUCGGUGACGGAGCAUCAGGCUUCAAGAUGCCUCCUUUAGGAAAGCUGUUUGGCAAAGCAGGCUCAGACCUUGAUGGCCCUGUAGACAAAGAGAUGGCUGCUGUUAACGAGAACCCAUACACGUGGGACAAAGGAUCUUCGAGUAUCACCGGAAAGGUCGUCAGUCUUUCCUUCAAUAGCAAAGGUAAAAAGCUAAGUGUCUCCAACCUGGACGAAGAUGACCCAAUAGACGUUUUUAUUCCAAGAGAUUCUCCCGUCAGUCCUCCGGAAAAAUUUAUUUACAACUGUUCUGUGCACCGAGGAAGGCGUACACAUAAGCUGUUGGUUGACAAAAAUGGCACUGCCGUCAAUGUAGAGGUUCGUUUAGUCGGCUCAAGUCGGCAGUUUGUGGUUUAUGUCAGGCGCGGGAAAGCCCCGACAACUACAGAGUUCGACUGGAGAGCAGUUUCUCCCAACAUAACCGAAGAAGAACGAUUGAGUCCUAAUGUUACCGAUGAAAGUACAAACUCUACAGACCAAGAUCCUACCUCUUUCAGUACAUCAUUAAAGUCAACUUUAAAUGAGACAAACACUCUACAGAUAAAUCUCACUAAACUGGAACACGCCAGAGAUAAUCUUCACGACUCCAAUGUUACAUUAUUUCUAUCUCAAAAGAGACUUUACAUGGGUACAUAUUUCGUUAGCAUCUAUUUUUCGCCACCGUCUCCGUUGAAUGGACAACACGACCCAGCUGAAUGCAAAGGCAAUGAUUUGAGCAUUACUUACACGCUGAGAACGUUUAAAUCCAAAUGUUUAUAUUGGAACGAGGAAUUUCAAAAGUGGAAGAGCGAUGGCUGUGAGGUUGGUAACUUGACAAGUGUCACACGCACCCAUUGCCGUUGCACGCAUUUGACAGCAUUUGGUUCAAUGAUGGACGUCGCCCCAAAUCCAAUUGAUUACAGCGCCGUAUUGGCUGGAUUCAGUUCAAUGUUCGAAACAGGGAACGUAGUAGUGUUUUUCUUUAUCCUCGUCAUGUUUCUCCUGUAUGCUCUUGCGUUGGUGUGGGCCAGGAGAGCCGACAAGAGGGACAUGGAACAGACAGUUUUGUGUACAGCUAUGUUGUCUGGUGCUAUGUUCUAUGGGCAAAAUGUAUCUGUGGACGAUGGCGACAGCUUAAUCCCGGGGCCCAUUGCGGUGAACUUAGUAUCGAUUAUUAUUGGUAUACAGUGUAGCCUCGUUAUCAUUCCAGUUAAUGUUGCUAUAGUUACCAUUUUUAAGAGUGUGAAACCCAAAGGAACUGAAAAGACUGGUGAGGAAACGGAGGAACAGUCCUCAUCCUCAUCGGAUGAAACAAUUUGUGUCUCAGAAGUAGAAAUUUCCGACAUAGACGAAACAAAGUCAGGAAUUGAAAAGGAAUCUUCACCGAAUGAAGAAAUUCAUCUGAAUGGUAUUGAUUCCUCUGAAGAUGGUUAUGGCAGUGCUGAUAAUGAAGACCUAGUCGUAGUAAAUAAAGCAGGGAAAAAUUCAAGCGGCAAAAUGGAUUUCUUUCGACACAGACGAGAUGGAGGGCACAAAUAUGUUGUCCAAACAAACAGCCUUGACUCACAAAGCUCUGACUUUCUAGACGAAACGUCCGAAAAUUCAGUAAAUGAAAGAAAGGGCACAAAAAAAUGGUGGUGUUGCAGAAAACGAACCAAAGACAUCGAAGACGGCGACAGUAAGGAAAAGAGUGAAGAACAGGAAGAGAAAAAGAAGAAAAAAUCCGAUGGCUUCCUUCCACAUUGGUGUUUAUAUAUAGCAUGGACUCUGUGCAUCAUGGCGUCUUUUACAUCAGCCUUGUACACCUUAUUUUACAGCAUGAUGUGGGGACGGGAUAAAUCAAACCAGUGGUUUAUUUCAAUGAUCCUGACGUUCACUCAAGACACUCUCAUUAACCAGCCAGCAAAGGUUUUGUUCUUAUCAAUGGUAUAUGCCAUCUUCAUAAGGAAGAGUGACGAGGAAACAGAUGCCGAACAAGGAGUUGAAGACCCGCGAAAAGGGCAAGAUGAAGAGUGGCUUCAUGGCGACACUUUGGACAACGAAGACAGAGAAAAGGAACUGCUACGAUACAAACCUCCUGACGAAAGCAAAUUAAACGCCUUGCGAGAAACCAGGGUUAGAGAAAAGCAAUUGAAAGACAAGUUUAUCAAGCUGGGAGAUUACACUUUCGUCGUUCUUGUCCUGGUAUUGCUCAGUUAUGGCAACAGGGACCCACAGUCGUUCAUGAUGAGAAACUCGAUGGAAAAGGAAUUUAUACAUCCUCUUACAGCAUCCUACCCCCAAGGAAUUACAGAUGUGAACAAUUUGCAGCUAUUUAUGACAUGGACAGAGCAAAGCUUAAUUCCUUAUUUGUACGAACAUGACUGGUAUAAUGGAGAAAAGGUAACGAACAGAACUGGAUACACUUCAGGAAGACAGUCCAGACGACUUGGACGGAUUCGAUUGCGUCAAGUUCGCGUCGAGAACGGUAGCUGUUCUGUGACAAAAGUGCUGAGAGAAGUUAUCCACGAGUGCAAUCCUCCUUUUGAUGAAAAGCAUGAAGAUACCCGGAUGUUCAGCCCCGAAUGGCGCGCUGGAUAUCAACCGGCAGAGGACACUCCGCUGUACAAAAGAAGUGCAUCGGGGCAACUUUCUCCAUGGGCUUACUUGGACCCCACGGAAUCAAAUUCUUCAUUCACGUUUUACGGUAGAAUCGCGUUUUACCCUGGUGGUGGUUACAUGGCGGAGUUUGGUGAUUCCUUGGAGGAAACAGCCGCCUUCGUGAAGUAUCUCAAGUCGACCCAUUGGAUUGACAAGUACACCAGAGCUGUCUUUAUCGAAGGAGCAAUAUACAACCCUAACACGAACCUCAUUGGAGUCAUAGAGACUGGUGCGGAAGUAACGUCUGGAAAUGCUUUUUUACCGCGAGUUGAUUUUAAAAUCUUCAGACUAUUUGCCCGGCUGGAUCCUUCGUACGCCUUUAACUCAGCUUGUGAGUUGUUAUUCUUCGUGAUUAUCCUUUACACUCUGUACACGAUUAUCAAAGGUAUUUAUCAGCGGAGGAAGGAGUACUUCUAUGAAACAGUAAGUCAGCUGGACAUUAUCCUCUUUGUGGAUGGUGUUGCUAUCGUAGUUGUGUAUGUUGUUCGAGAGAGCAAACUCAAAAGUGCCGUGGCUACCCUUAAAAGUGAUCAAGAAUGGUUCAUGGACUUCUCCGAGUGUGCCUCUUACAACGAGACACUUGUCAUCUUGUACGCGUUUGCAGACUUUGUCGCCAUACUAAAGUUCAUCCAUUUCUUAAGCUUCACGCGCGUCGUUCAACUUUUAUCAACCACUAUCGCAAAAUCUGUAGUUGAGCUACAGUCCUUCGCCGUCAUGCUGUUUGCCAUAUACAUGGCGUACUCUUCAAUGGCAUUCACAGUCUUCGCGCCUUACGUGGAAGACUACAGGUCUUUCUCUGCAACCCUUGCCUCUUUGUCAUGUCUUGUGAUGGGAGUUUUUGAUCAUACUGAUUUUACUUCCCAGUCUGAUUACAAAACUGUGGGUUAUUUUUUCUUCACGACUUUUUCUGCCAGCAUGAUAUUUAUAUUUACAAACGUUGUUAUAACGAUCAUCAGCGUUGUGCACCAAGAUGUCUGCACCGACGAGGAGCUUAAGAAAAACCAAGAUUCUUUUUUUAACAUUAUUUUGGACAGAGUACUGAUUUUCACCGGGCUCAAAGGACCACCAGUCCGAGAGGAACCAGAAAUUGAAGAACCUUCUAUAUCGGAAAUACAAUGGAAUUCAAACGUAAACUAUAUAGAGAACAGUCAAUUGAAGCGGUUCAAAGGAUUGAUAAAAUCUAUUUAUGAUUACGAUGAAAUAGAGAACAUAUCACUGAUCAGGGCGUAUACGUGUACGUGGGAAAGAAAGACGAUACGUGAAAAUUCUGGUUACCAAGGAGACACAUCAAGAUCAAAUGCUGCUGACCAAAGCAACAAUGACGAGCACGGGCGCACAAAUGAUACGAAAAGUCAAAGUCAAGGAGAGUCUGUUGCGAAAGAUGAGCAACAACUGGAAAGCCCAUCAUCUAUGGAAGAAAAAAAUAGUCCAGCCGAAACUUUAACUAAGUUGAUCGCCAAAAAAACUGAAGAACUGAGAAGACUGGAGGAGCAAGGAGUUUGUGAUGAAAAAGAGAGAUUACGUUGCGUUAGAGUGAUUGAGUGCUUUCAGGACUUAUUGAAGAAAUCCGUGGGAGACGAGGACUCUGCUAAAAUGUUUCUAAGCCAUGAAGAGGAAUUUGAAGUCUAAUUAGAAAAAAAAUACAGAGUAGAAAAUCCAAAACCCAGUAAAAUGUGUAACAAACUUCGUAUUCACGUACUAAAAUCUUAACUGAUGACUAUUUAAGGUCGUACAGACUCACAUUCAGUCAUGAACUUCCUUGGGUUUCAAUAGUAAGA